AUGGAAGGACACAACAAGACACUGGUGACAGAGUUCAUCCUGCUGGGACUCUCCCAGCAUCCCUGGGCACAGGUCCCAUUCUUCUUUUUUCUGCUGAUUGUCUACAUGGUGACUCUUGUGGGGAACAGUCUCAUUUUGGUGCUAAUUUGGCUUGACCCUCAGCUCCACACCCCCAUGUACUUCUUCCUCAGCAACCUUUCCUUCCUUGACAUCUGCUACUCUACCAGCUCUGCCCCCCAAGUUCUGGUAAACUGCUUUAGAGAGAAAGCUACCAUCUCCUACAAGAGGUGUUUGGUCCAAAGUUACAUUUCCCUUUACCUAGGCAUGACUGAGUGCCUGCUCUUGGCUGUCAUGGCCUAUGAUCGCUUUGUGGCCAUCUGCAUCCCACUGCACUACACCAUCAUCAUGAAUGGAAAGGUCUGCAUGAAGUUGGCAGCAGCCUCCUGGACCAUCACCCUCAUCCCAGUUCUUAUCCCAGUAGGGACACCACAAAAACGCCUAUGUGGACACAAUGUCAUCAACCAUUUCACGUGUGAACUGCAAGUGCUUCUCAAACUGGUGUGUUCUGAUACCAGCGACAGUGAGAUUAUUAUGCGGAUCUCUGGUCCACUGCUUCUUGUGGUGCCCUUUGUCUUCAUCAUGGCAACAUAUGCACACAUUGGCGUGGCCAUGCUGCGUAUCCGAUCAGCCCAGGGGAGGAUCAAAGCCUUUUCCACCUGCAGCUCCCACCUGGCUGUGGUUGGCAUAUUCUAUGGCACAGCCAUGUCCAUAUAUCUGAGGCCUCAGACCAAAUCUGUCUCAGAUCAGGACAAAUUAAUUUCUGUGUUCUAUGGCAGUGUGACUCCCUUGCUGAACCCCCUGAUCUACAGCCUGAGGAACAAGGAUGUGCAUGGGGCACUGAAGAGAACAUUUGCAAAGGCAAAGUCUGUGUAUAUCUGA